CUAGUCUUUCAGUCCAGUCACUGUCAGCAUCAGCAUCAAAUCAAGUGCUUUACAUAUUAGUAGUGUUAGGAGACCUGGGGGAAAAAGCUGACAAAAUGACCAAGGAAAACGUAAAGGGCAAGAAGGAGGGAGAAGUUGAAAUGUCAAUACCAGAUGCAAUUAUUUGGGCUGCAAAGGAUAUUGUGAAUGAUCCAAGGUUGUCAAAUCUCACACAGGAAAAGUACAUACCUAUGUGGAAGUAUGGUGCCCUUGCUCUAACCAGUGUAUACCUGGUCUUCGGAUGGGGUGCUCAGUUGAUCUGCAAUGCCAUUGGAUUUGUGUACCCUGCAUACUGCAGUAUCAAAGCCCUCGAAUCUGUGAGGAAGGAAGAUGACACACGCUGGCUGACUUACUGGGUUGUCUUUGCCCUGUUCUCUGUGUGUGAAUUCUUCUCGGAUCUGCUCCUGUCGUGGUUCCCAUUCUACUGGCUGGCUAAGUGCUUGUUCCUGGUAUGGUGCUUCAUGCCAGUCUCCUGGAAUGGCUCGGAAUUCAUCUACAACCGUGUCAUCAAACCUGCAUUCAUGAAGCAUCAGCAGGAGAUCGACACAGCCAUGUCCAAGGUGACCGACAAGAUCAACGAGCUGGCUGACUCUGCCACACGAGUUGCUGCUGAUGCCAUCAAGAAGGAUUAAGGUGACUUUAGUUGGUGUUGUCUAGGUUUUACAUUUAUACAACCAAUAAAAUAUUAAGUACUUUGAUUUGAGUUCAUUGUGGCCUUUGUAUAAAGGGUAUGAAGAAAGUCGACAGUGCAAGAUAAGUACAGUCAUGGAUAAAAGACAUGAAGCUUUGACACCUUCCUAACCUAGAUAAUAAUAGUCACAUUAUUUGGAUGUUUGAGAUAUAAUUCAAAGCCUGUGUGACUAGUUUUUGCCAUGACUGUACUUAGUGUGCUACAUAAUUUUACAUCUUCAGAGCUGAAUUCUUAUGAUGUGAUACCAGUGUUAGUUAUAUUUCUUGCAUGCAGGGAUUAUUUGUUCUCUUUCAUAAUAUUUUUCAGUAUUCUUGAGUUUUUCUGAAAAGACUCACUAAUAAUAAUGGAUCUAUUGAAUCUUUCUCCUUUGCACGAUAAGUAAAAUACUCAAGAGUAUGUAAUAGAUUUAUAAAUUUGAAUAUAAAAUAGCCUUUCCUUUACAGGAGAAACUAGGUGUGUUGCUUGCGGAAGAUUAAAUGGUUGAACAUAUUCUUGCCAUCCAUAUGCUGAAGUUAUAGAAGAGAAUGUGAAUAAUUAGCUGGUUCUAUUGAGACUGAUGUACAUAUUUUUUUUGUUAGCUUAUGAGCUUUUUCACAGAUGCACAUCUUUUUCAUGAAAGAUUUUCAGACAGUAGUCUAGUCAAAUUUGAUGCUAACACUCGAGUAUUAUUAUCUCUUCUUGGUUUGAAGGAAUGGGUCCUUUUCCAUUCUUUGUUUAAUAGCCUAAGGACUUUUACAAAGGAAAAUUAUCUUUUCUUAAGGUGUAUUCUCCUUUUGAAUUAUACAUAAAGGAAAAAUAUAAACGUGUUGCUAUAUUUUCUUUGUGAGUUGGGUGGUUACUGUCUUCCCAUGCACAUCCCUUGUUUCUUUGCACAAGUAUUCUUUAAAGACCAAAGGUUUGUUAAGGCUGUAAAAUGAUGAUGCAUAACUUCAAUAUGUAUACUUUUCAUAAUGGGCAUUAUCUUUCAUUCUAGGAAUAAACUUUUCCAAUUUAUAA